GGAAGCAGAGGCGGCUUCCCCCUGAGCCGCUGGGCUGUGACUGUUGGAACCUGCUCUGGGGUGGGGCUUAGGAAUCAGGAUGUCCUCAUACUUCCUCACUUGCCAUUACCCCAGGUGGCUCCUGGAUGAAAUUCUUUGAAUGUCACCACUUGGGAGGCCCCCUGGGUGCCUGACGGAGGCACAUGCUAGAAAGCAGCACCACGUUGGGCCCAGUCCUGAGGGGAGUGGAAGUUCCAAGGACAAAACCGAGUCCCAAGGGGGAGGCUCGGGGUACUGGCUGAGGCCAUUCUAGCUGCAUCCUGUGUGUUUAAAAGGAGCACCUGUCCCUGCUCCUGCCCCGGCGUCCUGCCUCCUGGCCCCUGUAAUUACACUGCUUCCCCACGCAUGGUUUGCUCCCAUUCCUUGGCUUCCAAUGGCUUCAAGGGAUGAAAGGUGGAAGUCCUUGUGAUUAUAGAGAUGACAGGUGGGUAUUGAUUCCUGCAGGGUGCGUGUGGAGGAGGAUGUGAACAUGGGUGGCGCGACCAAGGUCUAGGUCAUUGAUAGGGCUGGGGUGGCUGGGUCCCAAAAUGAGGGACGCUGCAGUCAGAGGUUACGCAUUAGCCAUGGCCUUGCAAACAGGUUUGACCAGUUAGGUUCUGAUGGGAUUCCUUGUGUCACCGGGCUGACCCCUCCCCAGAGGUUGGACACCUCCUCUCACUCCUCCCCUAUAAAGCCUCUUGGGGUUCCCAGGCACCUAGACUCAGCCCACCCCCAACUUUGGGGGCCAGGAGACAGCCAUGAUGCUCAACUGGAAGCUGCUGGGGAUCCUGGUCCUUUACCUGUAUGCCGGAGGCAUCUCAGGCAGCGGAGAGCACCCUCCACCCCCACCCACAGAGGCUGGAGAGGGAGGCUCCCCAACAUUGCCUCCGGGGACCCCCAAUCCCUGGUGUCCCUGGCCAGGGGCACCCCCUCUCUUUGAGGACCCUCCCCCUCCAGGCCCCAGUCGUCCCUGGAGAGACCUGCCGGAAUCUGGAGUCUGGCCUCCUGAGCCCCCGAGAACUGAUCCCCCUCAACCUCCCCGACCUGAUGACCCCUGGCCAGCAGGACCCCAGCCUCCAGAAAACCCCUGGCCACCUGCCCCUGAAGUGGACCAUGGAUCUCAAGAGGACCCAGACCUUGACCCACCCCGGGAAGAGUACAGAUAAAGGGAUUCCCCCAGAGGGCAUCUUGGGCCUCCAGGCGGAGUGCCCCUCAAGCCCAUCUGUACCCUUCUGAUUCCUCUUCAAUUCCUUCCCAUCAGCCUCAAUUUCCUUCCUCCUCCUUUCAAUUUAUUCUGAGCUCUGAAAGUGUCAUUCUCAAUAUUUUCUGUCCACUCUUGAGAUCCGCCCCACAUUUCCUCUCCUUUUUUCUCUGACAGCUAAAGCAUACACCCCUACCUCAUGUCCAGUCCUCUCCCCUCUACUUCCUACCUCCUCCCUCUUCCCCACCCCUGGGGCUCCUGAGGCCAGGCUGGUGGCGCCGUGUUCUCUGCUGCCACAUGGUGGCCUACAGCUGGGAACUAUCAGGGAGACCAUGAUGGUACUAUUCCAUGAAAUGGAAAAAAUAAAA